AGUAGAGUUUGUAUUUCAGCCAUAGUCAUUUGUAGCCGACAUCUCACCGUGAAAAGUUUCGUUUAGUAAGAAUCCCGUGGUGUGCCAUUUUCGAUUUUUUCUACCUUCAAAAAAAAAAAACGUUUUUCUCCAUCAAACAAAAACUCACUGCUGUAAAAGCAUAUCUUAUAUUUUUCAUAAGUUAAAUAACAAAUAAAUACACACAUCCAUUAUGAGCUGGCAGGAUUACGUCGACAACCAACUCUUGGCCUCGCAGUGCGUUUCAAAAGCGGCCAUCGCUGGGCACGAUGGCAACAUCUGGGCACAAUCCAAUGGUUUUGAGGUGACAAAAGAUGAAUUGGCAAAACUGGUUCAAGGUUUCGAAAAACAAGAACUCCUCACCAGCGGCGGAGUUACGCUAGCCGGCCAGAGGUAUAUCUAUCUGUCGGGAACUGACCGCGUAAUACGUGCCAAACUAGGACGAAGCGGUGUCCAUUGUAUGAAAACGCAACAAGCUGUUAUUGUUUCCAUCUAUGAAGACCCUGUACAGCCACAACAGGCUGCUUCCAUUGUAGAGAAACUUGGAGAUUAUCUCAUUACUUGUGGGUACUAGAACAAAACAUAAAAUUUAAUAUCUGCUAUGGAAUAAAAUAAAUAAAAAAAAACAAGAAAAAUAAUAUUAAAGAAAAAAAUAAACAACAAUCUAAAACAUAAAACAAAAAAACUGCAAUUGUGAGAAUAAAAAUCAUUUAUAAUUUUUA